UCCACGCUCCUGCCAGCCCACACCAGGGAUAUUGCAGCCCGGGGAGGCACCUGGAGCUAAUCCGGCGGCAGGUUUAAAUGUGUAUUUGGCUACUUGGCUACUGAUUAGAGAACACAAAAUGAAUAACUCAACAAACUCCUCUAACAAUGGCCUGGCUCUGACCAGUCCUUAUAAGACAUUUGAAGUGGUUUUUAUUGUCCUUGUGGCUGGGUCCCUCAGUUUGGUGACCAUUAUUGGGAACAUCCUGGUCAUGGUCUCCAUUAAAGUCAACCGCCACCUCCAGACCGUCAACAAUUACUUUUUGUUCAGCUUGGCCUGUGCUGACCUCAUCAUUGGUGUUUUCUCCAUGAACUUGUACACCCUUUACACUGUGAUUGGCUACUGGCCUUUGGGUCCUGUGGUGUGUGACCUUUGGCUAGCCCUGGACUACGUGGUCAGCAAUGCCUCAGUAAUGAAUCUGCUCAUCAUCAGCUUUGACAGAUACUUCUGUGUCACAAAACCGCUCACCUAUCCCGUCAAGCGGACCACAAAAAUGGCAGGUAUGAUGAUUGCAGCUGCCUGGGUCCUCUCCUUUAUCCUCUGGGCUCCGGCCAUUCUCUUCUGGCAGUUCAUUGUAGGGGUGAGAACUGUGGAGGAUGGGGAAUGCUACAUUCAGUUUUUUUCCAAUGCUGCUGUCACCUUUGGCACUGCCAUUGCAGCUUUCUAUUUGCCUGUGAUCAUCAUGACUGUGUUAUACUGGCACAUAUCCCGAGCCAGUAAGAGCAGGAUAAAGAAGGACAAAAAGGAGCCUGUGGCCAACCAAGAUCCAGUUUCUCCAAGUCUGGUACAAGGAAGGAUAGUGAAGCCAAACAACAACAACAUGCCUGGCAAUGAUGAUGGCCUGGAGCACAACAAAAUCCAGAACGGCAAAGCUCCCAGAGAUGCUGUGACUGAAAACUGUGUCCAGGGGGAGGAAAAGGAGAGCUCCAAUGAUUCCACCUCUGUCAGUGCUGUCGCCUCUAAUAUGAGAGAUGAUGAAAUAACCCAGGAUGAAAACACAGUUUCCACUUCCCUGGGCCAUUCCAAAGAUGAGAACUCAAAGCAAACAUGCAUAAAAAUUGUCACCAAGACCCAAAAAGGUGACUCAUAUACCCCAACUAAUACCACCGUGGAGCUAGUUGGUUCUUCAGGUCAGAAUGGAAAUGAAAAACAGAACAUUGUUGCUCGCAGGAUUGUAAAGAUGACCAAGCAGCCCGCAAAAAAGAAGCCUCCUCCUUCCCGGGAAAAGAAAGUGACCAGGACGAUCUUGGCCAUUCUGUUGGCUUUCAUCAUCACUUGGGCCCCAUACAAUGUCAUGGUGCUCAUUAACACCUUCUGUGCACCCUGCAUCCCCAACACAGUGUGGACAAUUGGUUAUUGGCUCUGUUACAUCAACAGCACUAUCAACCCUGCCUGCUAUGCACUUUGUAAUGCCACCUUCAAGAAGACCUUUAAACACCUUCUCAUGUGUCAUUAUAAGAACAUAGGCGCCACAAGGUAA